AUGAGCACCAUGUCGAAUGCAAUCCACGCUCUCACCGCCGACGGGGAUGCUCGCAUCCACGUCGGCAACAACAUCUACGGAACAGAAGACCACUGCCUAGCAGACUUGCGAUCGACCGAUCCCCGCGAUGACAAGAAGCGCAUCGAGCAGACCAAGGGCGGCCUGCUAGAAGGCUCGUACCGCUGGAUUCUUAACAACGACGAUUUCCAGCAAUGGCGCAACGACGAACAGAGUCGACUGCUCUGGAUCAAGGGCGAUCCCGGAAAGGGCAAGACCAUGCUGCUCUGUGGCAUCAUCGACGAGUUGAGCCCCUCGACGAAGCUAAAGGACCCAAAGGCCCCCGCGCUGCUGUCCUACUUCUUCUGCCAGGGCACCGACUCCCGCAUCAACGCCGCAACGGCCGUGCUGCGUGGCCUCAUCUACCUGCUAGUCGGCCAGCAACCAUCGCUUAUCCGGCACGUGCAGAAGAAGUACGACCACGCGGGCAAAGGCCUCUUCGAGGACGAGAAUGCUUGGUGGGCCUUGUCUGAGAUCUUUGCAAACAUUCUGCAAGAUCCGAACUUAAACAGCGCCUUCUUGACCAUCGACGCGCUCGACGAAUGCAUAACGGAUCUGCCACAACUUCUCGACUUGAUUGUCGAGAAGUCAUCCGAGUCUCCUCGUGUCAAGUGGAUCGUCUCUAGUCGCAACUGGCCGAACAUCGAGGAACGGCUGGAAACAGCGGGACAUAAAGUAAGGCUGUGUCUCGAGCUAAACGAAAAGUCCAUCUCCAAUGCUGUCAGUAUAUACAUCAAGCACAAGGUGGAUCAAUUGGCGCGGCUGAAGAAUUACAACCCCAAAACACGGGACGCCGUUCAGCACCACUUAUCCUCGAAUGCAAAUGACACGUUCCUCUGGGUGGCCUUGGCCUGUCAAGGGCUUGAGAAGAUCCCACGAUGGAACACUCUCGCCAAGCUAGAGGCGUUUCCUCCAGGACUUGAUUCUCUUUACCAGCGAAUGAUGGUGCAAAUUCGCAGUUCAGACAAUUCCGACCUGUGCAUAGGCAUACUAGCCCUCCUAACGAUUGUCUAUCGACCCAUUACCCUACACGAACUCACGUCUUUUGUCGACAUACUUGAGGACAUUUCCGAUGACCUUGGCUCUUUGGUGGAGGUCAUAGGGCUUUGCGGAUCGUUCCUGACUCUACGCGACCAUACCAUCUACUUCGUCCAUCAGUCGGCAAAGGAAUUUUUACUUACAAAGGCAUCCAAUGAAAUGUUUUCUUCUGGGAUGGACCACUAUACCGCCUUCUCGAGGUCGCUGCUGGUGAUGUCCAGGUCACUGCGGCGCGAUAUGUACGACUUACACCAUCCCGGCGCCUCUAUCGACGAGAUCCGCCAGCCCGAGCCGGACCCGCUAGCCCCGGCGCGGUACUCAUGCACCUACUGGGUUGACCACCUAAGCGAUGCAAUCUCGCAUAGGACUUGGAUGCCCAUCGACGACCUCCACGAUGACGGUAGAGUCCAUCAGUUUCUUAGCAAGAAGUACCUCUACUGGCUCGAGGCACUGAGUCUUCUCCGAGACAUACCGGGAGGAGUGGUUGCGAUGACGAAGCUCGAGACAUUGCUAGAACGGUCCGAUGGGUCCUGCUUAUUCGACCUCGUUCGAGAUGCACGCCGAUUUAUCCUAUCGCACGGAUGGGCGAUAGGGAAGGCGCCUCUUCAGAUAUAUGCGUCGGCGCUUAUCUUUAGUCCUAGGCGGAGCAUGACGAGGAAAUUGUUCGAAGGGGAGGAGCCAGAUUGGAUUAUAACUAAACCGGCUAUGGCAGAGGAUUGGGAUGCAUGUAUGGCGACGCUCGAGGGCCAUGGCGAUUGGGUUCAGUCGGUGGCCUUCUCGCCCGACGGCCAGCGUCUCGCAUCGGCGUCACACGACAUGACUAUUAAGAUCUGGGAUGUCACGACGGGCCACUGCCAGGCGACGCUCGCGGGCCAUGGCGAUUCGGUUCGGUCGGUGGCCUUCUCGCCCGACGGCCAGCGUCUCGCAUCGGCGUCACGCGACAAGACCGUCAAGAUCUGGGAUGCCACGACGGGCCACUGCCAGGCGACGCUCGGUGGCCAUCGCAGUUGGGUUCAGUCGGUGGCCUUCUCGCCUGACGGCCAGCGCCUCGCAUCGGCGUCAGCCGACAAGACCGUCAAGAUCUGGGAUGCCACGACGGGCCACUGCCAGGCGACGCUCGAGGGCCAUCGCAGUUGGGUUCAGUCGGUGACCUUCUCGCCCAACGGCCAGCGUCUCGCAUCGGCGUCACACGACAAGACCGUCAAGAUCUGGGAUGCCGCGACGGGCCACUGCCAGGCGACGCUCAAGGGCCAUGGCGAUUGGGUUCAGUCGGUGACCUUCUCGCCCAACGGCCAGCGUCUCGCAUCGGCGUCACGCGACAAGACCGUCAAGAUCUGGGAUGCCGCGACGGGCCACUGCCAGGCGACGCUCGAGGGCCAUCGCAGUUGGGUUCAGUCGGUGACCUUCUCGCCCAACGGCCAGCGUCUCGCAUCGGCGUCAGACGACUCGACCGUCAAGAUCUGGGAUGCCACGACGGGCCACUGCCAGGCGACGCUCACGGGCCAUGGCGAUUGGGUUCGGUCGGUGGCCUUCUCGCCCGACGGCCAGCGUCUCGCAUCGGCGUCACGCGACAAGACCGUCAAGAUCUGGGAUGCCACGACGGGCCACUGCCAGGCGACGCUUGAUGUAGGUAGGCCUCUUUAUACUAUCCGUUUCGACGAGAGCGGCGCUCGUCUCCUUACGGAUGAUGGCACUUUCGACCUGAGCGUGCCCUCGCCCUCACCACCCGCUGCGCUACCUGCAUCCGGUCCUCUGCGUCACUCAAAUCAAAAUCAAGGCUAUGGCAUCAGUGCCGAUUGCGUAUGGAUCACGUAUCAAGGUCGGGACCUGCUCUGGCUCCCGUCAGAGUAUCGUCCAGGGACGUCAGCGAUCGCGGCAUCCGCUGUCGCUAUUGGCAGCCAUUCGGGACGGGUCUCACUAUUCCGGUUCACGGGGGACGUUCGUUAG